AUGGCCGACGUAGAAAUGACGGACGCAGCCCCCAAGGCCAAGAAGGUUGGCCCUAGCGGAGGCGAUACUGACGGCAAGAAGAAGUUUGAGGUCAAGAAGUGGAACGCCGUCGCACUGUGGGCGUGGGACAUCGUCGUUGACAACUGCGCCAUCUGCCGCAACCACAUCAUGGACCUGUGCAUCGACUGCCAGGCCAACCAGGCGUCUGCCACGAGUGAGGAGUGUACGGUGGCGUGGGGGAUUUGCAAUCACGCAUUCCACUUCCACUGCAUCUCCCGUUGGCUCAAGACUCGUCAAGUAUGCCCGCUCGACAACCGCGACUGGGAGUUUCAAAAGUAUGGUCGUUGA